AAUAAAAGAGAGAAACCGCGUCCUCCCCUCCUCUGUUUUUGUUCUUCCCUCUCGUUCCUCUCCCCUGCCUUUUUUCUCUCUCCGUUUCACGAGACUGCAUAAAUACACGACCUCCCCCUGCCGAAUCUCCUCAUCUCACUUCGCCCCUUUCACUCCUCUCUCUCUCUCUCUCUCUCUCUCUCUAGACGCCAUGGCUGUCCGCAGACGCUCCAUCGUCGCUGUACCCUUCUUCUUCUUGUUCUGCUUCAGCUCUGUUUCCCUGUCGAAGCAAGAACAGAGCAACCAUCCCCAGAACAAGUCGUCGUUCUCUCUCUCUUUCCCUCUCAAAUCCCACUCUCUCCCCCACGACAAGUUCCGAUCUCUGCGCUCAUCUGUCGGCGGCGCCGCAGCCUCCGCCGUCGCCGUCAAGUCUCCGUUCAAGUACUCCAUGGUCCCGGUCGUGUCCCUCCCCAUCGGGACUCCCCCGCAGACCCAGGACAUGAUCCUCGACACCGGGAGCCAGCUUUCCUGGAUCCAGUGCCACAACAAGGCCAAGAAGACGGCGGCGAAGAAGACGGCGGCAGCGGCGGGUGGGCGGGUCUCGUCGUCGGCGGCGACGUUCGACCCGUCUCUGUCCUCCUCCUUCUCGGUCCUCCCCUGCAACCACCCGCUCUGCAAGCCGCGCACCCCGGACUUCACCCUGCCGACGUCGUGCGACCAGAACCGGCUCUGCCACUACUCCUACUUCUACGCCGACGGCACCCUCGCCGAGGGCAAUCUCGUCCGCGAGAAGUUCACCUUCUCGAGCACCCCCACCCCUCCCCUCAUCCUGGGCUGUGCCAGCAGCUCCGGCGACGACAAGGGCAUUCUCGGGAUGAACCUCGGCCGGCUCUCGUUCCCCUCGCAGGCCAAGGUGUCCAAGUUCUCGUACUGCGUGCCCGCCCCCGCCUCCCGAUCCGGGCCGUCCCCGACCGGGUCGCUGUACCUCGGCGACAACCCGAACUCCAGGGCGUUCCAGUACAUCGGCCUCAUGACCUUCAGCCAGGGUCAAAGUCAACGGAUGCCAAACCUGGACCCGCUCGCCUACACGGUGGCAAUGCAGGGGAUUAGGAUCGGGAGCCGGCGCCUCAGCAUACCUCCGAUGGCUUUCCGGCCCAACGCCGGCGGGGCGGGCCAGACCAUGAUCGACUCGGGCUCCGAGUUCACCUACCUGGUAGACGAGGCUUACGAUAAGGUGAGGGAGGAAGUGGUGAGGCUCGUGGGGCCGCUGAUGAAGAAGGGGUACAUGUACAGCGGAGUGGCCGACAUGUGCUUCGACGGCGACGCCGCCGCAAUCGGGCGGUCCAUAGGCGACCUGGCUUUCCAGUUCGAGAAGGGGGUGGAGCUCGUGGUGGCCAAGGAGAAGGUCCUGGCCGAGGUGGACGGCGGGGUCCACUGCCUGGCCUUCGGGAGGUCCAGCAUGCUCGGUGCCGCGAGCAACAUCAUAGGCAACUUCCACCAGCAGAACCUGUGGGUCGAAUUCGACCUGCCCAACCGCCGAGUCGGCUUCGGCAGGGCCGACUGUAGCCGAUCCUAGGGCCCUGGAAAAGACCCUCGACGGCGACGUGCCAGUUCCGAUGUCGUGUUGUUCACUCGGAGGGCUUAAAAACUACAUGAAAAUUGACAUGGUUUGUACAGCAUAGGGAGUAAAAAUAAGGGAGUGGGGUUGCGUUGGACAAUGACAUAGAGGAGAGAUAAAUGUCGUAAUUAAAGAAGGGUUGUCCUACAAUUUGUAGUGAGGAAAAUUAAGGCAAACAUGGACCAUGCAAAUCUGGCAAAAUUAGUGUUGGUCCCCACCCUUUUUUAGGGUUUUGCGGUAUGUUAUGUGACGUGGGUAUCUAGAGUGACUUAGAGAGAGGCUUGUAACAGCAUAUAUAUGUGAAUAUCAAAAUGUACACGUAAGGACUUAAAUCUUGAGUGACUUUUGAGCCUUUGUUUAGACAAGAGCAAGAUCCUUUGUUAUA